AUGUUACGCUUUGUCUGCGGUAGGUUUCAAAGUGGCAUACGGCGGUACGCUACUACAAUUGAUCGAUUCAGAAACAUAGGUAUAAUAGCUCACAUUGAUGCAGGAAAGACCACCACUACCGAGCGGAUGCUGUAUUGUGCGGGGAAGAUCAAGCGGAUAGGUGAUGUUGACUCUGGAGAUACAGUUACGGAUUUUCUUCCUCAGGAAAGAGAUCGAGGAAUAACAAUACAGAGUGCUGCCAUAUCGUUCCAGUGGCACGAUUCCAGCAGGGAUAAUAGCCCUCGCGUAAUUAACCUAAUUGACACCCCAGGACAUGCAGAUUUUAUUUUUGAAGUUAUACGGUCUUUGAAAGUACUCGAUGGUGCUGUCCUAAUUCUCGAUGGUGUUGCUGGUGUUGAAGCACAGACGGAGAAGCUGUGGAGAUACUCUAGAAAUAUCCCCAAGAUAUGUUUCGUGAAUAAGAUGGAUAGAGUUGGAGCUGGCUUUAGCAAAACUUUGAAAGAGCUGACAUAUAAGACAGAUAGAAGGUGCGUUGUCGUCAACUUCCCAUACUUCGAGCAGACAAACCAAUCAGAGGAUCCAGUAUUCUGUGGAGUAAUAGAUGUGAUAAAUAUGAAACUAUUAAAAUGGGACACGAAAGCAAACAGCCCAGAUGCUGUAACAGUAGUUGACCUUUUGGAAUUGAAUGACUCUGAUAAUGCCAAAGUUGAAGCAAUAAAAUCUAGAGAGAGCAUGGUAGAGAUUCUGGGAGAACUAGAUGAUGUAUUUGUUCAGGAGUUCUUUGAUGGCCCUUCUGAAGGCAAUUCCUUGAAAGUCUCAGCGCAGGUUUUAAACAAAUCCAUUAGAAAACUCACCAUAGCAAAUGAAUUAACUCCCGUUUUAGCCGGUGCUUCUUUCAAAAACGUUGGAAUACAACCCUUACUAGAUGGUAUUAUUCAGUAUCUGCCUUCCCCAUUAGAAGCAAGACUACCUGAAGUAAAUCCGAAGGACAUUCCUGUUGUGCAUGACCCAAAAGUAGGUGCCUUGAUAAACAAACAGAAUAAUCUUUGUGUAGCAUUGGCAUUUAAAGUAACCCAUGAUCAAAUUAGAGGAUUGAUGGUAUUUGUUAGAAUAUAUUCCGGUGUACUGAACAGUGGUAAUACUGUUAUGAACACAACUACUGGAGAGAAAUUUAGAAUAGGUAAGUUGGUAAUUAUGCAGGCUGAUCAAGCACAAGAAGUUAAGAGCCUUUCCCCGGGUCAAAUUGGUGUUCUCACUGGUGCAACCAUCACCAAUAAAGUAGCUACUGGUGACACAAUUAUUUCGCAUUCUAUAAAAAAAGAUGGUAUAAGAAGCUUUGGUGAGAAGGAAUCUCAAUUGAAAGUAAAUGCUAUACAAAUUCCUCCACCAGUUUUUAGUGUAAUUGUAGAACCUAAAUCAUUAGGUAAUAAGAAGUUAAUCGAGGAUGCACUGAAGGAAAUAACAAUGGAAGAUCCAAGUUUACAUGUCAUAAUUGAUGAAGAAACAGGACAAACCGUGCUUAAUGGUAUGGGCCAGUUACAUUUAGAAAUAGCAAAAUUCAGACUAGUGAACGAAAUGAAGGUUCCCGUUGAUUUCGGCAAGAUUGCGGUUUCAUAUAAAGAAACUCUAGAGUUGCCGACAGAAGUAGUUACGUUUAAAGAUGAGCGUGGCUUUCACUUUUCAUUAUCUGUCGAGUCUUUUGAAAAAGAUACGAUAAAUAUAGAAGAAAGGAGUGGUGCCUCAUGUUUCUCUGUUGAUAAUGAUGAGAAUUACCUGAUAAUCGAAGGCUUUCAGGAUAGGCUACAAAAAUCCAAUUGGGCCUAUCAAAUACCUAUCAGAAAUUUCGUUACCACCAUACUAUCAAGUGCUAUGGCAUCUUUACAAAGUGCUGGGAAAGUUGGACAUUUACCGCUUUACUCUUGCGCUGUAAGACUAAAAAAAGACUGGGAUUUUCCAUUAGACUUACAAAGUCCUGCCGAACUACUAAGUAUUACAAGAUCAUUGAUUACUGAAGCUCUACAAACUGUAGAUGUAAGUAACUACACUCUAUUAGAGCCAGUAAUGGAUGCCCAUAUAAGUGUACCACAAAAUGAUAUCGGUACAGUAAUGCAAGACUUGUGUAGUGCUCGUACGGCCACAAUAUCAUCAUUAGAUGAUGAAAAUGUAUCAUCAUCUGAUAAGCUAAUGGAAUUGGAGAGUCAGUCUAAGCAUUUGUACUACCCAACUGAUUCCACUUUGGGAACAGCAAAGAUUCAAGAUGAUAAAUUGAAGACAAUACAUGCAAUAUGUCCUUUAAAAGAAAUGGUCACUUACUCAAGCAAGUUAAGAAGUUUAACAAAGGGUAGGGGCGAACUGCAUAUGGACUACAAGGGUAUGUCCAAAGUUUCACAAGAAAGAAUCCCAGAUAUUCUACAGGAAUUGUAA